AUGGAUCCUGAACAGAUACGAGGACGCUGCCGGUGGGCGGAAGCCGAAGGUGACCCUGCCACGAUGUACACAACACUCAUUCAUGGCGUAGGACGAGGCCAGGAUGAUGUACAGUGUGAAGUCGCUUCGACAAAGGAACAAAUAGACAUCCAGGUGAUCUUGACCGACGCUGAUCUUGCAAUGACGGCUGCAAUAGCCUCUUGCUGGCCAGGGACGCUGCAUUUGCACUGCUUGUGGCACGUCUUCAAGAACGUCUUCAAGAACUGCUCGUCAUCAUUUGCUACCAAUGACGACAAGACCGACAUGAUGCGUUGCUUCAGAAACGAAGCUUUUGCAGCUACCCCGGAGGUGUUUGGGACCCAAGUGGCCCGGUUGGAGCAACUUGUGGCCGGCAAGAAGUGCGAAGGAUACAUAGCGGACUUGAUCAAGAACAAGACCAAGUGGGCGUUCUGCUGCCGAUCCACUGUCCUCACGCUUGGCAUGGUUGCUACUCAGCGUUCACCGAAGGUAGACGAAGCGCAGGCGUAUGACGCCGAGUUGGUGAGUUCAGGUCGUGUGGAGGAGAACGGGGACCCACUGCCUCUCCACGAGCACGACCUCGCCAAGAUUCGCUCAUUGCGCCUCAAGCUCAACAUUCUUCAGGUCGCACCACCUAAUACCGAUCUCGAGGGAGACCAGAUAGCCGGCGAAGCUGCGGUGGACAACACUAUGUGGGCGCGUACGUCGCUGUCAGCCUUCUUGGAUUUGAUCGAGGAUAUACCUAUCGAACUGUUCGUGGCCGUUCGAUACAAGAGGGCGGCGAACAGACCUAGCCACCUCGUGGUGUUCGGACUUCACAACUUCCACUUAUGUUCCUGUUUACAGCUAUUGCGGCGCGGACUGCCUUGUAGGCACUACUUUGCGGUGCUUGUCAACCUCAUCGGGAGAACUGGCGAAAGUGACGAGAUGGCCUUCACCCAUACCUUCAACGGCGCAUGUGUCCACAACCGUUGGCGCCGAAGAGAAGUUGUCAACGAUUCGCCGUGGAGCAUCUCAUCGGUGCUGUCGUCGUCAGGCCACAGCGUAGGGUGGGACGGCAAUGACGAAGGCAGAGACGAGAAAUACUGGGGACCGACAUGCGAUGAAGCGGUGGAUGGCAUACAUCCUGCUGGACCGGGGCGGGCCGCGCAGGAUAGAAGCGCUUCCGACAAGCGUCGAGUCUACGCCCAUCUGAUGGCGACGAGCAAGGAGCUUGUAGGAGAUAUAAUGAGGUCCGUGCCCCUGCAUCAAGCGCUGUCCGUCCAGGACAAGGUUGGGGAGUAUCUCCGGUAUCUUCUCAACUCGUCCGCGGGAAGCACAGGCGUCCAAAAUCCUGGAGAGGCGCCCAAGAAGGGUUGGCCGAAGAAGGACGGUCGAAGGCAGCCUCUUCAGCAUCGAUCGGGGGCCAAAGAGGAACCCGGCAAGCCGGAGGGGCAGCAAGGAAAGUCCCGUCAGACCUAG